CACACACUUUUCCGUCGCUAUUAUCUGACUGCUGUGUGGAGACAUCAUUAUAGGUGUGUAAACACCUAUAGGCUGCUGUAUAACUACACAAACUGACUUCACAAGAUCUCGCACUGUCCACCCUUUGACAUGGCAUCGAUCGGAACAAGACAGCCGGGUCUUCCCAUACCGCCCAUUCCAUGGAAAACUGGUUUUCAGGAAGAUAUGAACACACCCAUGAAGCUCUCCGGCCGGCCGCAGAAUGCUUUAUUAAUGCCAAAAAGAAAACCUCUCCCCAGUGUGUUUGCUUUGGGAAAGUGUCCUCCUAAACCCCAGAGACCUACGCAUAUCAACUGUGAUGUGUUCAGAAGAAACGCUACGAAAUCAUGUCCAACUUUAUCAGAAACCAACAAUACAGAAUUAUUCCUAUUCCCACCACCACCUCCUCUUGAUCUCCUGUCAAUCACAUCUGAGACUCCUCCUCCGCCAGAUGACUUUACAUUUCCUCCUGCGCCUCCUUCAUUGGAUCCGGAUCUUCUUGAGGAUUAUGACGAUGUGGAAUUCAUGAACACAACACAACCUUCAUUAGGUAAAAGCAGCAGUGAUCUUCAGGAGUCGAAUGAAGAAACGUAUGAUGAUUGUGACAGCUGCCGGCCCGAACCCGACAAUGAAUCCAGCGAGAAAACGAAAACGAACGAUUCGAAAGCAGUCAAGAAAAGACUUGAUAAAGACGAGAAGAAACGCUUGGAACAGGAGAAGAAAGAGAAGAAACUGCAGGAGAAGCGAGAGCAGGAGGCCAGGAAAAAGUUUAAAAUCAAAGGUCCAAUCAUGGCGGUUUCAACAGUGAAAGCUAACAUAGACCGCAAGAGAGGUAAGAACAAGCUUCCGCUGAAAAGAGGCGAGACUAUGGACAUCAUUCGCAAAACUGAAAACCCAAAGAGCUACUGGCUGGCCAGAAACAGAGAAGGCCACUAUGGUUUUGUAAAGCCUGACACGGUAGAUGAGUGCACUGAAAUAAUCACAGACAAUGUACUGUAUGUUCACAAUAACACAGGAACACAUGAUCACCUCCAAAAUCUACCUGCUGUAGAUGAAAGUGAGUCUGAUGUGUAUGAAUGUGUGGAAGAGGAUUUCAGCUUCCCCCCACCACCCCCUGACCUUACAUUUAAUAGUGAAGUAGGUGACACGGAUGAUGUUGUGAGUUCAACACACCUCCAUCCACCACCCUCUUCUGACAAAUCGACACGCAGUAUGGAUGAGACCUCAAAGAAAUGUUUUGAAAAGGAAGAGAAAGAUUUCAGGAAGCAGUUUAAGUAUAAAGGAAAGAUCAGAGUCCUUUAUCAAGCUACUGUCCUGCCAUCAUUGCCUAUAAAAAUGUUUGGUAAUAAAGAUUUGGUUGUCAAACCAGGAGAGAUCAUUGAUGUGAUAGAUCAUCCAGCUGGAGACAAAAUCAUCGGCCGGAACAGCAAAGGCAAAUUUGGUUAUGUGUCCACUGCUAAUAUAGAAGAGGACAAUUCUGUUUAUGAUGAUGUUGGAGAAGAGUGUAUCUAUGACAACGACUAAGCGAGGAUGAACAUGCAGCGUACUUUAACCUUAUUGGAUAUUGAACAUUACAUGGUCUCGUCUUGUGUCUCGGAGCAGACCAUUGUCAUGUUCAGCUUCAUUGCUUUUAUUUAUGUGAUAAUGUGAAAUUACCAAAAAAUGUUGCGAGAUGAACAUCUAGUUUUAAAAGUGGAAGGGGAGUGUUUAGAAACGGACUGCUGCCUGUGACCUGAAAAUUAAACAUUUUCAGUAAUAUGAAUGUUAAAGGUGCAGUUUGUAACAGUUUUGCGGUAAAAUAUCUAAAAACAACUAGGCCAGAGUUUUCUUCAGCUUAAUACUCGCAAUAUGUCAAAUGUUUCCAAAUACUUCUAAAUCGCCAUUCUAAACAGUGACACGGGCUGUGCAGUCGCCUGUCAAUAGUUGCCACCUUCACUGACGUAGAAACCGGACAAUGCGGAAGUAGCGUCUAGCAAACCACUGGAUUAUGGACCACAAUUACACGCAACAUUAUAAAACUUUAUAACUUUACCUCAUCCACAAACAAGUCUCGUUCCCGUCUGAUUGAUGGCCAUCAGCGGUGGAGUUGAAGACCACCGAUCCCAUAAUUCCACUCUCCUUCACAGCGCCAUGAAGCGACGCCAUUGUUGUUGUUUUGAACGUGCGCCCUCUAGCGGCGUAUUUAUAAACUGUACCUUAAAAUGAGCAUUACAG